AUGGCGAAGAAUGUCUGGCUCUUCUUGAUGGAGCUCCUGCCCACAGAAGAAAGCCAACAUUCCCAGCUGAUCCCUUGGGCCAUUGCUGCUAUUUUCAUCUUAAUUCUUAGUGCUUGUUUUCUUACAAGUUGUUUGGUGACUCAUCAAAGCUUGCUUCGCUGUAAGAGAGGAGCAGGGCACCAUGAGCAUCUGACAUGCUUCAAAGACAAAUUGGGGCAGAAAGGGUGGGCAGUGGUGCACUUGCCUGAGUAUAUGUUAGCAUGUGCAAGGACCAGAAACAUCUGGACUUGUUGUCCUAUAGGUUGGAGAGGAUUCCACUCCAGCUGUUACCUUCCUCUCAAUGACAGCAAGACCUGGGCUGAAAGUGAGAAGGACUGUGUAAACAUGUGUGCUCAUCUGGCCUCUAUCAGCACAGAGGCUGAGCAGAACUUUAUUAUUCAAUUUUUGGAUAGACGAUUUUCCUAUUUCCUGGGACUUAAAGAUGAGACUUCAAAAGGCCAGUGACACUGGACGCCAUUUAAUCCUCACGUGGUAUUCUGGCAUAAAGGUGAACCCAACAGCAGUCUAGAAGAAAGCUGUGUUGUUAUUAUUAAUAACCAAGAUAAAUGGGCCUGGAAGAAUUUUCCUUGUACUUUUGAGACAAUCAGGAUCUGUAAGAUACCUGGAACAGCACUUAACUGA